AUGGAGGAAAGAGAAAAUACAAAUCCAAUCCAUGCUUCUGGUUUAUAUCUUAGAGGUUCAUUUUUUGGUGUGGUAAGAGAAACUUUUGAAGAAAUUUUGGAAUUGUAUGAAAAACAUGCUGCUAUACUGGAGUUUUCAAUACGAAAAUAUACAACUAGAUACCAGACACACACAAAAAUAGUAAGUGAGAAAAAUUAUGUGUGUUCUGCUGAAGGAAAGAGAAAUUCAGGUUACAAGAAAACAAAGUUAGUUGAAAUGGUUAAUGAAGAGGAUGUGAAUGUGAAAACAAGAAAGCCAAGACAAGUAGCCAUUACAAGAUCGAAUUGCAAGGCAUGCAUAAGAGCAAAAGUGAAUAAAGAAGGAAAGUUUGAGGUAGUGGCUCAUGUUAUUCAGCAUAACCAUGAGCUAACAAGGUCACAGUGGCAUUAUUUGCAUCGUUCUGAAAGAAAAUUGACAGAAGAAAAAGCUGAAGCAAUUAAAACAAUGAAAUCUUCAGAUGUAACUACAAUGGACACUUACAAUUACAUGGCUACAGAGGAUGGAGGAGAACAUAAUAUAGGUCAUAGUGUUGUAGAUCACCUGAAUUUUUGCUCAAGGUUAAGAAUGGAACAAAUUGAGGCUGGAGAUGCUCAAACUUUAGUGAACAUCUUAAAUCAGGAACAAUCAAAGGAUCCAAACUUCUUUUUUAGAGUGAAGUUUGACAAGGAAGGAAGAAUUUCCAAUAUCUUUUGGAGAGAUUCAAUGAUGCUAGAAGACUAUAGGAUAUAUGGAGAUGUGCUUGUCUUUGAUACAACAUACAAAACCAACAGAUAUAAUCUUAUAUGUGCUCCAUUUUUUGGAAUAAAUAAUCACUAG